AUGAUUCUUAUUUCUUUUUCUUCUUCCUGCCUACCCUUUCUUUUUUUCAUUUCUUCCCCUCUUUCUUUCUCUAUUAAUUUCUUUAUUUUUCUCUUUCUUUUAUCCUGUACUUUCAUUCUUCUUAUCAUUCUUUCUCGUUCUACCUUUCUUUCUCUCUCGCUUUCUCUAUUUCUCUGUUUACUUUUUCCAAUUCCUUUCUCUUUAUAUCUCUUUCUUUUAUUCUCUUUUUCUCCUUUCCUGUCUUUCUUUUACUUUAUUCUUUCUUUUUCUCUAUCUUUUAUUUCUCACACUAUGUUAUUCUUUCUCUUUUUUCCUCUUUCUUUUUCUGUUUAUUUUUUCGUUUUCUCUUUCUUUCAUUUCCUAAUUUAUAAAUUUAGUUUACGACUUUUAUCACAAAAUAUUUCUUCCCUUUGUCUGCUUCAUUUUUUUUCUGCUGACAAGAGAGUUUCACCUUGGAGAAAACCCAAUACAUGCAUAAAUGCACAUCUAUCUAUCUAUCUAUCUAUCUAUCUAUCUAUCUAUCUAUCUAUCUAUCUUAAUAUAAAGCAGAAAGAAGCCCAAUACAUGCAUAAAAAUCUAUCAUCUAUCUAUCUAUCUAUCUAUCUAUCUAUCUAUCUAUCUAUCUAA